AAAAAACUUACCUCGAAUUUUUGUUGACGAUUUCGAUUCCAAAGUUUUAGCUCCGCUUAAUUUUAUGUGAAGAAUUUGAUUUUAUGGAAGUGAUGAAAGUGUUAUUGAGUGGAUUUGAAGUGUUUUUAUAUAAGUUAUAAGCUUAGUGGCAUUUUCGUAAUUUUUUAAAUUUCAGGGGUAAAGUCGUAAUUUCAUUCAAGGGGGGGGGUGGCGAUAAAAUGAAAUUGGUGGCGACAAAUAAGAAAUGGGAAGAAAAAAUCCAGAUACACAAAGAGUUUCCCCAAAUGAAAUCAAAUCUACAGGCGUGAAGCUUGAGGAUUCAACCAAAAUAUCAAUGGAGGGAGAGAAGCAGCAGAGUAAGCUAGGCCGUAGAUUACUACUAUUUUCUGCACCAUUUACAGGCCAUAUGAACCCAAUGCUUAAUCUAGCAACUAUCUUAUACUCCAAAGGUUUCUCAAUCACAAUCAUUCAGGCUCCAUACUUUCCUACAAAUCCUGCCCAUUACCCACAUUUCACCUUCAAAUUAUUGGAUGAUGAAGUGCUUGAAAAAUACUCGAAAUCACCAGAAAUUGAUUCUUCUGUAGUCAUAUCUGCCAUGAACAGAACCUGUGAAGAACCUUUUAGGGACUGUCUAGGUCAGAUUUUGAGAGAAACUGCUGUGGCAGAACAGGAUCCAGUUGUUGCACUGAUUGCGGAUCCUAUGUGGGCAUUUUCUGGGUCUGUGGCUGCUAGUUUUAACCUUCCUAAGAUCAUGCUUAGGACUGGUAACAUGUCGGCUUUUCUGGUUUAUUGUUCCCUGACUUUGCUUAAUGAAAAGGGCUAUUUUCCUCCUCAAGAUACAACAUUAGAGGAGAAAAUUCCAGAAUUUCCACCGCUCAAAGUCAAAGACCUUCCUUCCGAGUCAGAUCGACAUAUACUGCAGGCUAUAGUCGAAGGAACAACGACUUCACAAGGAGUUAUAUGCAAUACAUUUGAAGAACUAGAAGAUUAUGCAAUAGCUAAACUUCAACAAACCUUAACAAUCCCCAUCUUUCCCCUAGGCCCCUUACACAAACACCCAGCAAAUUCUGUUGUCAACAUAGGAUCACAAGACCAAACUUCUAUUGCCUGGCUAAAUACCCAAGCACCAAAAUCUGUUCUUUAUGUGAGUUUUGGGAGUAUAGCAGGUAUGAAUAAAGAUGAAUUUCUCGAGCUAAUGUGGGGAUUGCUCGAUAGUAUGGUGCCGUUUUUGUUGGUGAUCCGACCCAAAUUGGUUAAAGGGUCAGAAGCCGAUGAUCCCUUGCCUGAAGGCUACCGUGAAAUGAUGGGCGAGCGAGGACAUAUUGUCAAAUGGGCAUCUCAGUUGGAGGUUCUGUCACACCCGGCUGUUGGGGGAUUUUUGACUCAUAAUGGAUGGAACUCGACUUUGGAAAGCAUUUGUGAAGGUGUACCAAUGGUUUGCAAACCGCUUUUUGCUGAUCAGAAUAUGAACGCGAGGCAUGUGAGCGAGAAUUGGAAAAUAGGUUUGAAGAUGGAAAGGGGCGUAAAAAGGGACGAAGUAACAAGAGCAAUACGAAAACUGAUGCUGGAAGAAGGUGCAGAGAUGAGAAGCAGAAUCACAGAUUUGAAGGAGAAAGCUACUCAUUGUCUUGAAGAAGGUGGCUCUUCAUACAAAUCUUUAGAGAGGCUUACUAAAUACCUAUUAUCAUUUGAGACAUUUCAGGCAAUAAAAGAGUAAGAAAUCCCCAAACAAAUUUAGAAUCAACAAAUAACUAGUCACGACAAAACAUUGGAAAAUAUUACAAAUCCUAAUUUUAUGGGUAGUGUAUUUUGUUAUUGAAUAAAACUCGUACAAGUUUUUCUUUGAUGUCUGUUCGAGUAGCUAGUAAUACAUUUCCUCAUGUCCUGUUCCUUUCUUUUCAACCUUUUAGAAAUACUUCACAUGUGAGAUAAGAAUCCCACAUCGAUAAAAUAGUGGAUUG